UUGUGGGUGAAUGUGGAGCACGAGAGUUUAUUCCGUUUGGGGCCUUUAGAUUCUCAAAGUCAAGUGUCGACCUUUUGGAUUUUCCGGGCUCCAGGCGGGGUAGGCAGUGGCUCGGCGCGCGCUGACUAUUGGCUCUUCUUCUUCGUCUCUCUCACGAGCACUUCCGUCCGCGCGCGGCGCAUCGACCCCUUACGCACGCGUUGUGGGGCGCGAGCGUGUGCGCGAUGCCGCCGGAACCCAAAGUCCUCCGUCCGCGACGCAGCCUCUUAUCGGAACCGCUCGCGCUCUCGCUCGCGGACAGCAGGACCCCGCUGGCCAGGGAAAGCAGACCGCCGGCUAGAGGAAGGAAGUCCCCCCGCCACCAUGACGGAGAAGCGGAUGUCCCGCUGGUAUUUCGGCGGUCUGGCGUCCUGUGGGGCCGCCUGCUGCACGCAUCCUCUGGACCUGCUUAAGGUCCACCUGCAAACACAGCAGGAGGUGAAGAAGAGGAUGGUGGGGAUGGCCAUCCAUGUGGUGAAGAAUGACGGGGUGUUGGCUCUUUACAAUGGUCUCUCCGCCUCGCUCUGUAGACAAAUGUCUUAUUCCCUCACCAGAUUUGCGAUCUAUGAGACAGUAAGGGACAUGAUGGGCAGCAAAAGUCAGGGUCCCAUGCCCUUUUACCAGAAGGUCCUGCUGGGAGCCUUUGGAGGCUUCACUGGUGGAUUUGUGGGCACGCCGGCGGACAUGGUCAACGUCAGGAUGCAGAAUGACAUGAAGCUACCAGCGGAACUGAGGCGGAACUAUAAGCAUGCGGUUGAUGGUCUGUACAGAGUCUUCAGGGAAGAGGGUCUCAGAAAACUUUUCUCAGGGGCCUCCAUGGCCUCCAGCAGAGGGGCGAUGGUCACUGUGGGUCAGCUGGCGUGCUACGACCAGGCCAAGCAGCUGGUGCUGGGCACAGGCAUGAUGGGAGACAAUAUCCUCACGCACUUUCUGUCCAGCUUCAUCGCUGGCGGCUGCGCCACCUUCCUGUGUCAGCCUCUGGACGUGAUGAAGACCAGGCUGAUGAACUCAAAGGGAGAGUACACGGGGGUGGCGCAUUGCUUGAGAGAAACGGCGAAGCUCGGCCCAAUGGGAUUUUACAAGGGGCUGGUUCCCGCUGGGAUCCGCUUGAUUCCCCACACAGUGCUCACCUUCAUCUUCCUGGAGCAGCUCAAAAAUUACUUCGGCAUCCGCGUCGUCUCCUGAGCUGCUGUUCAACGUGAUUAUCGUCGGUCUGCUCCUCACCAUUAGCUAAAAGCGAAGGGAAGAAAGGAAACAUGAAAGGUUCCUUAUUGUUGUGCGCAUGCUUUCUUUCUCCUUUUCCUCUACCUCUGUGUCACAAGUCCAGGUUACAUGACAUUGAUCCAACAGCACCAGCUUCUGUGAUUAGUUUGCCCCUCUUAGAAUAUUUUUGAGGAUGAAUGACCCAUGUAUUAAUGAAUUAUUAAUGUACUGUGAGUAGCUUAUUAAAUUGGCAGGUGUUCCGGUUCAUUGCCGACAUCAGGCAGGCUUUGCCAUGUGAAUGGCAGCAUUGUAUGGCUUGAUUGAAACUAAUUCCCAAAUCCAAUGCUGUAACAAAUGCUGCAUUUCAACAUUGCACAAAAACAGAAUGUAGCUUAAGCGUCAUCUCUUUUGCCAGGUAAUACACGGCAUCGUCGUAUAAGAAAAAGGAAGAUGGACGGUCGGUACUCAUUAGUUUUAAACAAACCCUGCAGAGUUUUGUCAUACGUGUCCACUCUAUCACUACGGAAGCAACUCUGAAACUGCCGUUAUGUAUCAAUACAGCAGUCAUUCCCACCUACUGACCAAAUUUCAUGUUGUAACCUUUUUUUUUUUAAGAACUGGAAACCAACCACUCGCUGGUUAAGAUGUCGGUAAUUUUUACCUGAUCUACAUUUCAACUGGGGGAGAAUGGACCAAGCUUGCUUGAGUCAAGCUAUUAAUUAUUAUUAUUGAGCAAGGAGGAAGUCUGUCGGCGAAACUGUGAAACAGAAAAUGCAGAUUGUUUUUUUUCCCUUUGCUGGCUAAAACUUAUUUGACCAUUUCAUCUCAAAAGGUUUUCGUUGAGAAGCUUUGGAAAACUGCUGUAUGUUACAAGUGUCCUGCUUCCAGCUGCGAUGUCUCUUUUUGGUCUUUUUGGAUGUGAGACACUUUAUUGGAACAACAAGACAAAAAAAAAAAACGGUACUCAGACUGAAUAACUGGGCAUUUAAAACGCAUAAACGCAUGCUGUAUGUUGGGAUUUGCUCUAAAUUAAGAAUUCUUUGGAUUUCAAGUGUUAAUGAUUCCUGUUAAUGAUUUUUCUCGGUUGUAAGUUGUCCUGUCACGGUUUAAUUUGGGUGGUUAUUAAUGCUGUACUGUGCCUGCUCUGCCUACAGACACCUUGAUAAAUCAUGUUGCCUUACAGUAUCUGUCCUGCAGGGGACAGUGUCACAACAUGUGAAUUAUCCUCAUUUUUGCACCCUCUCCUGUCCUGUUUUAGGACAAAAAAAUCUCAACACAGCUUCACAGCGCCACUUUCGGCCUGUAUGUUUCAUAUGCUCUUCACCAACACAUGGUACUGUACUUUAACUCAGCCAUUAAGUUGCUAAUGACUUUAUACCCACAUACACACACACACAUGAAACUGGAAGUUUAAUUUUGAGCUAGUUGUCUACAUUUUGUAGAUCUCUUAACAACUGAUUUUGGAAUUAAAGUACUAAUUGAAGCUAAUUUUGUGUUUAAAUUCUUUCUUUGACUUCUCUUUAAGCAGUUGUGACCAUGCUUUGAUGAUGAUAGUUAUCUUUUUGUGUUCAUAAAUCAGGUGCAUACUCGGUGGGUCUCAUAAUAGAACAGAGGGAACUUAUUCUUCCUCCUUUUUGACUUUGCCUGCGAUUGUGAAUCAGAUUGUAACUUUCAAAGCUCUGCCCUCAUCAACGCAAGGACACAAUUUAAUGUCCUCACCUCUUCACCACUAUCUUGUUUUGCGCAAUUAUGGCCCAUAUACAGUUACACUGAAGUUAAUUGGAGUUAUUCAGGCACACUGAUGAAUGCAGGCAGUUAGACGGUGGUACUUUACCUAGAUGAACAUAGGUUUUCAUCCCUUUUAUUGAUACCGUCCAUCAUAUCGGUGACUUUGACCCUUCAACUCCAUCACACAUGUGAGAGCUUGCCUUGUUACACAGCCAGCUCAUUUCCAUAGCAAUCCAGAUUCCCAUCUUUUUAGGGCUCUGGCAUAUGUGGCCCCAGUAUGUUUCUCAGGAAUGAUGUUAUCCACACACAGGAGCCAUCAAACGACUCAGGUUUGCGGCUGAUUAGUGUUUUACUGGGUUAUUGAAAAUACAGCUGUUCAGGUCUCUGGUUUGUUGUUUCCAAAUUAUUCAGUUCUGACCUGCACAGAUAAGGUGCUUAGCUGCCUGCCCAAGAAUGCAAACGCUCUGUUGUUGCAGAUUAAGAUGGCAGCAAGUCUUCGUCAUUGCUAGUUUUCACCAUUUAUGUGGCAAAAACGGCAUUAGCUCAUUUUACUGAGCUGUCAGGUUCAGACUUAUACUGAUCACCUCCAGCUCGUUCAUGAGACAAACUGAACCCGUUUGCACACCUUGCCUAUAGUACUUAGGGCCGGUUAUCUUUAAGAUUGAGAUUUUUUUUCAAAUAAGGAAAGAGGGAGGUUUACACAUGCUUAAGUUAAUGUUUGAAAUGGAAAGAAAAUCCUAUGGGAAUUUAAAAAAUGUACAAACCUGGAAAUACAAAUAGCAGUAAAAAAAAAAAAAGGACACUAAACAAAAAGA